UCGCCCCUCAUCAUCGUGACGUCAGAGGGGAAUCGAUGAAGGUAUAGCUCGCAGCCCACCGGAGCUGAGUGUUAUACAGAAGCGAUAGAACGAAUACAGAGGAGCUAAGAAGAAACCUCGCGGUGCAAGAAGAGCAAGAUAUCGUUUUCUAAAGAGCUGGAUUUGCUCGCGCCUCAGCGGACCCCGGGAUUCACUGGCAGCUCAAUCUCAGAUUUCAGCACGAGCUCCAAGAGACCUUCAGCUGGAUGGUGGCGUGAAGAACUGUCAGCUUUGCAAUCUUCUACAGCUUCCUAAUGGCCCUGAAUGACUCUGAAGUGGGCUUAGAAGUCAUCUUGGCGAUGAACCAACUGCUGGAACUCACCCCUUCCCAUGUCACCCCUAAACCCCUCGAGGCCACAGCGAUGACUCCAUGGGACGUGGCCUUGUGCGUAUCAGGAGCCUUGAUUUGCUGUGAAAAUGCAAUCGUCGUGGCCACUAUCUUCUCCUCACCAUCUCUGCGGGCUCCUAUGUUCCUGCUAAUUGGCAGCCUGGCCUGGGCGGACUUCCUGACAGGGGUGGGACUCCUUUUGCACUUCCUGUCUCGCCAGUGUGUGUACUCAGAAGCUCUAGAGCUGGGCAGCGUGGGUCUGUUAGUAAGCGCACUCAGUGCAUCCGUGUUCUCUCUGUUGGGAAUCACUCUGGACCGCUUCCUUUCACUACAUCACGCUCUGACCUACGGAUCCCGGCGCACACACACGCAAACACGCUGCGCUCUGGCCAUCUGCUGGACUCUUGCCGCUCUUCAAGGUGCCCUGCCUGCCAUGGGCUGGAAUUGCUUGCACGAUGGAGAAUCCUGUAGCGUUCUUCGCCCUUUGACCCGAGUGCACCUGGCGACCCUGUGUGGUGGCUUCCUGCUCACCUUGGCCCUGAUGCUGCAGCUCAACGCUUGUAUCUGCCGGGUCGUACUUCGCCACUCGCACCAAAUCGCCCUCCAGAGACACACACUCCCAUCUGCGCGCACACACACGCGCCGUCGGGUUCACACACUCGCUCUCAUCCUUGCCACAUUCGCCAGCUGCUGGAUGCCCUUUGCCUUGUAUGGUCUCUUGGCCGAUGGAUCGUCUCCAGCUUUGUAUACUUACGCCACAUUGGUUCCAGUCACAGGAAACUCCCUGCUGAACCCUCUGAUCUAUGCCUACAGAAACACAUACAUACAGAGAGUGCUGCGACAAGCCUGCUGCUGCUGUCUACCUAACACACCCAACAAAAACACACACACUCCCAGUGAUGUCUAACAUCAUGAGUACACCUGAACACUUUGGAAGAUUCUAUGGUGCCAUACAAAAUCCGUUUUCAAGUUUUAUAUCUGUUCCUGUUUGGGAAUAUUACUGUGCCAGUUGCCAAAUCUCCUGUCUCUGUGCUGUUAACACGACCACUGUCAAUCUGCAUCAUUUUUUGAAAUGCUAAAAAGGGUUAAUGUAACAGUCUUUUUUUUUUUUUUUACUUUAUUCUGAGAAGACUGCCACUGUUUUGAAGAAACCCUCCAGUCCACUUUAAUGUCUCAGACUUGUGCCUCAUUUUACAUCCUCUGAAGUUCAGAGUUUACUGAUGGAAAAAAAAUAAUUUGCACUUUACAACGACUUGACUUUUAAUAUGAAACUUGUUUGAAUUUUGUUUGUAUUUAAUGAUCAGAUUAUUUGCCAUUUGUUAGUCUGACUGAUGUUUUUAGACAUCAUAAAUGUCGUUUGCACUUACAAUGUAUUAAUGUUGCACAAAAUGUCCAAAUGUAUGAAUGAAUGUUUUAUUGUUCAAAUGAGAUGUUUUAUGGAAUAUGUUUAUAAUGAAUAAAUUGUAACUUUUGUA